AUGUCUUGUUCGGAGAAUGAUAGUACUAACAGUGGUUCCAGUCCGUCAAGAGAGGCAGAUUUUGACGAGUAUGGUCAAUUUGGGUACGCUCUAGAGCCAGAGUAUACUGAAGAAGAGCUCCAUGAAAUGGAAGCUGCAGAAAGUUCCAGAAAUCAAGAUAUCCUUAGCAACCCUCGACAGUUUAACACAGAUUGGUGUCCGUGUACUAAAUGCAUAGUUAUGCCGUUAUUGACGGAAUGUCUUUGUUGCCACGAUUUUUCUCUCCUUGAUGGUAAUAUUGAAUUGGGUGAAUGCAUUAGUGACAAUAUCGAUUUCAGAACAGUUUGUCUGAACCCGGUUGUUCUUGAAACCAGCUAUAUAAGUUUUUUGAGGUACAAGCGCCAUAGAGGGAGAGCUCCAGACGUACAUUUUGUACUAACGCACAGCCAAAGCGGACUAAUGGCUUAUCGUCAGUUUGUUUGUUGGGUCAGAAAAGGGCAACCACUUGGCAAGAGAAAAAGAGUGACUAUUCCAGCUUGUGUUGUUAACAUUAUCAGGGAAGCAUUUCCGUCACAAGAUGGUGUUUAUGAAGGCUUCAAAGAAUGUGAAAGUGACACGUCUGAUUCAGAAUAG